UCGAAGCCUUGAAUCGAAGAAGAGGAGUAACCGAACCAAUAUACGUUCUAUAUACCCUGCCAAUAUACGGCCUUGAACGAACCAACCGAGGAACCCCUCAAGAGGAAAGUGCUGUAAUAAAUUGCGGACGGAGUCAGAAGCCGUGACUGACAGCUGAAGAGCAGCUGCUCAGAGGCCAGUGUCUGGACCGGUCUGGCGCCGCCGCCGUUCAGCCUCCCCUGCGAGGCGCGCUACCGGCGGGCCGCGGCGGCACACCAGUGGAGUGUUGGCAGCACACUCGGCCUGGGCCGGGACCGCAGGCUGGGGCCGCCCCUCCGCAGGUACUGGGGCCCGGCCGGCCCUGCAGCCAGCUGCACCCGAGGACUGGACUGUCUGCCGCUCUCUCCCCGUCUCUCUCUGUGUGUGUGUCUGUCGGUGUGGUGCAGAGACUGUCGGACGGGACGGUCGCGGGCUGUGUGUGUCUGGGUGGGUGUGAUGGACGAGCUACCGGGUGCCGGGGCCGCCGGCCGCACCACGGACGGACGGUGUGGCCGCGCGGGCGCCCGGCCGGCCCCCGCCCCCGACACACCCGUAUCUGUUGGCCGGCUCGGCCCGCGCCGGCUGCGGCUGGACUGUAUGCCGGCCGGGCGGCGGCGCCCGGCGGCGCGGGACUGUCGGACUAGCGCCCAGCGGCGGCGAGUGAGUGGAGACGGCACGCCGCCACCAGUGUGUGCCGCGCCGAGUGGACGCCGGCCGCCUCACCCAGUGCCGGGACGGACUCUCUGGGACCGGUGGAGACGAGUGGUGGUGUCUGUUGACCGCACCACACGAUGGCUGUAACAAUGUGUGCACCAGUGACCUCUUUCACAAAUUCUGCCACUAUUUUGUUGGAAGCCACUUGUUAUCAUUUACUACCAUAUGAUUUAUUUUAUGAUAUUGUAAAGUAUAUUUUUUGCAGUUGUAAAAAACUAACUCGCCAGCUGUAUCACCGGUCAUUUCUUAAUCGAACUUUUUACGUUUGAUCCAGGAAUGUUUCAAUCAAGGCUAUGUUUCAAUGUACUCAACUUAAGUACCUAAAUGCAAGGCGACCUUGACAGCAGGCAUUUCGUCUGUGCUGUCUAUUGUCUAUGGCAUAUGCAAAUGUUUGUCCUGUUAAGUUUAACAACUUCCUUUUCUGUGUUCAAUAGCUGCUGAAAUGAGGUUCUAUAAUAGUUUUGCUUUUUCCUACAUUUUGAUUUUCUGAAAAACAACUUCAUUUGAUCAGUGUUUGCAUUGCUUGUCUUAUGCUGCUCAUGAACAUACUUUCUUUCAGAGGCGCAGGUAAGUAAGUGGAACUAGACAAAACAUUAAACUGAUUUUUUUAAAAACUAAAAAUAUGACGUAGGGAUGUCAAUUAAAAACCAACAAUAUAUGCUCAUCAGCUGAACGCAUCAUACUCUACACUUUUACCUAAUGUCAGCAGGAUAUUACUCUGAAUGGCUUUGCGACGUCAAAAUUUCUGCUUUCAGUGUUUCUUUUACAGGUUUCUCUCUAGCUUAUAAUAAAUAACCUAAAUCACUACUCCGACAAAUGUACGGUGCACUAACUUCUAAUCCAACAAUUCUCAGAAGGUUUAAAAGACAAUUCAGUAGGACCGUUUAACAAAUCGUUCCUCAUCCUUUUCUUGCCUUACACCAUUAUGGUAGGUAACCUUAUUGCUGAAAUAAGACCUUUUUUGCGCCUCGAUUUGCAUCGUAUUUAUCACAGCUGGCUCGUCUAAAGAAAUUUCUUAAUCGAGGCUUCCAAUACCAAUGGAAUCCAGAGCUGCCGAUUCCGAGGAUGCUCCUCCUCCGAACCAUCUGUCCGUGUGGGAUGCACCCUCCUAGUCCGCCGAUAUCCCCGCCCGCCGACUAAGGUCCCCCCUCCGCCCGCCCCUUACAGAGCAGCUGUCCUGGUGAGCGGCCAUGGAGGUGGACGCUGCUGCAGACCCCGUGUCGGAGGAGACGGGCGGAGAGCCGCCGGCCGCUACAGCCGCGCCCGCCGCCGACGAUAACUACGACACGCGCUCGGAGGUGAGCAGCGGCUCGUCCAAGUCGCUCCACUCGGAGCUCAGCGUGGACGUGGACGAGGACGGCUCCGAGCCGAGCGUCACCUCCGAGGACGAGAGGGAGGCCAAGAGCGCGCCACCGGCCGCCGCCACAGCCGCCACAGCCGCCGCCGAGGAGACGACCAAUGGGCAGACGGCUGCCGCGGCCGGCGCCACCUCCGGCAGCCGCGAGAGCUACCUCACCAAGCUCAACUACUUGUUCCGUGACGCGCGCUUCUUCAUCAUCAAAUCCAACAACGAGGAGAACGUGACGCUGGCCAAGGCGCGCGGUGUAUGGAGCACGCCCCCGCAGAACGAGGCCAAACUGAACCAGGCGUUCCGCGAGUCCCGCAACGUGCUGCUUAUAUUCUCAGUGAAGGAGAGCGGCCGCUUCUGCGGGUUCUGCCGCAUCUCUAACGAGUCGCGCCGCGACCUGUCUCCCGUCAACUGGGUGCUGCCACCGGGACUACCGGCGCGAGCGCUCGGUGGCGUGUUCCGCGUCGCCUGGAUCAACCGCAACGAGCUGCCGUUCCCCAAGACAGCGCACCUGUACAACCCGUGGAACAACGGGAAGCCGGUGAAAAUCGGCCGCGACGGCCAGGAGGUGGAGCCGCGAGUCGCCGAGGAGCUGUGCCGCCGCUUCGCCCGUGAUCUCACCAUCGACAUGAACCCGAUCCUGCUGGACUCGAAACGCGCCAGCCGCACCGUCAAGACGAGCAAGCCGCUCACCAUGCCGGCACCCAUCCCGGUGCGCCGCGCCCGCCGCGACUUCCGCGAGCGCGGUGGGUUCCGCGGCCGGGGCGGGCCCCGCGCGCCGCCCCGCGAACCGCCGCGGCUGCCUAGCCGGCGGCCGCGUUACGAGGACCACUACCCUCGGCCGCCGCCGCGCCGCGACUCGGGACCGCCGCGCUACCACCCGUACGCGCGCGAGCGGCCGCCGCCACACGAGCGCUCGCCGGUUCGUUACCCGCCGCGCGAGCCGGUGCCGCGCAUCUACCCGGAGCUGAUGCGUGAGCUGGCGGCGCGCGGCGGCCCGCUGCCGCCGCUGCCGUACCCGCCGCCGGCUCUGUUCGACCCGCUGGCGCCGCCGCGCUACUACGACGGACCGCCGCUGCCCGAGUUCGUGCCGCCGCCGCCGGCCGCGCCCAGCCGCGCCGAGCGCCGCAUGUCCGAGUACGACCGCUCCGUUGAGGAGUUCCUGCGACACACGUCCAGCCGGCGUGAGCGCAGCCGCGAGCGUCGGCACCGCGACCGCCGCUGAGCGCCGCCGCCGCCGCCGCCCGGUGCUGUGGGCCUGAUCGGUGGGCUGCAGUGCCGCGAAGUAGCUGCCAGCGGCCGGAAUCAGUCAUUGGUCGUUCGAGCACCGGGGCGGGCUUUGUCCUCGCUUGCUGACCAGUAGAGCGUCACCUAGGUUUGCGUACUGCGAGAUGCGCGGAUAAGGAUGCCGGUAAUGCGUCGCGACGUUGCGUGAUUCGGUGUCGGUCAGUCGACUGUCUGUCUGCUUUGGUGAUGUAUCGCACUCUUUUCCGAUGUGCGAGAACAACAGCAGAUGUGUCAAGGCGACAAAACUGGCUGUUCGAUGGAGUGGGGCAUUCUGCCUUUCUUGCAGACACCACUCACACCAGCAGGCGUGCCUUUGAAAGUGGCACAGAUGGUUCACCGUUUCGUCGACGCUUCACGGCAUUGGACAGCAUAUUUGUGAUUGUGGUCUUACCCACUUUAUCACCUGUUCAUUUGAGCAAAGGGCUGACGCAGGCACGUUACCCUCGCGCCGAUGUAGAUGACAUUUUGUCAGCAUUUAGAUCAGAGUCGCAUUGGGAUCACAUGUUUUGUCAUCCUACUCUUCAUAAUACACACGAAAGCUUCUGAA